ACAUGGCCAAGGCCUUGGACAGUGUGAGAAACGGUGCAUCAAUCCGCUCUGCCUCUCAUUUGUAUGGGAUCCCGGAAAGCACCAUUCGAGAUAAGAUAAAAUUGCGAUAUUCAAAGUCUUCGCCUGGAGCACCACCAAUCCUCAAGUAUGAAGAUGAAAAUUGCAUAGUUGAUUGGCUUAUUGGUAUGGCUAAAGCUGGACUUCCUAUAAACACACAACGCCUGCGUGCGUUUGUCGCUAAAUAUAUAAAAAUAGCGAAGAUCAAAAACCCUUUUAAAACUGGAAUUCCCGGAACCAAGUGGGUAGCAGGAUUUUUGAAACGUCAUCCAAAAAUUUCACGCAGAGUUGCAAGCUCCCUAUCGAAGAGCAGAGCCAAAGUAUCCCCGGAGCAAAUCAAGCUAUGGUUUGAAGAAAUCUCAGCUUACAUUAAAGAGGGAAAUCUGCAAGAAGCUAUGAAAAAACCCAAACAAAUUUUUAAUAUGGAUGAAACUGCUGUGCGCACUAUUCCAACACGGGACGUAGUGUUGGCAGAAGCAAAUGGAAAACAAGUGCAUACUCGUGUUGGGAAUUCAGAUAAGGAAUCAUAUACAGCUCUUUUUUCCGGAAAUGCUGCUGGUAUGCUUGCUCCUACAAUGAUGCUGUUCCCUUAUAAGCAAAGAGUGCCUGGCGAUAUAUAUAGAAAACUUCCGAAAGGAUGGGCUGCUGGCAAAACUGAUUCCGGAUGGAUGACAAGAGAUACAUUUUUCCUCUAUAUGCGGGAUGUUUUUCAUCCGUGGCUUUUGCGUGAGAAAAUUGAAUUCCCUGUCGUCAUAUUCGUAGACGGCCAUUCUUCGCACGUUUCUGCAGAGUCGAUUGCUUUUUGUAAAGAGAAGAAUAUGGCUCUUAUUUGUUUACCGCCUAAUACGACCCAGAUAACACAACCAUUGGACGUCAGUUUCUUUAGGCCGCUGAAACAGUACUGGAAUCAACUUCUAGUUGAAUGGAGAAUUGAUCAUGCAGGAGACUUGCUACCACGCAGUGAAAUUGCUCCGUUGCUCCACAAAGCAGUCAAAAGAAUGGAUAACUUGGAAUCAAUUCUGAUGAACGGUUUUAAACGAUGUGGUUUGUACCCGUGGGAUGUUAAUGCGGUUAACUAUUCGGCACUGUUGGAUAGACUAACUACUACAGAAGGUGCUACUCAUGAGAAUCGAGCAAAUGAAGAUUUUUCGAAUGAACCGCAAGCAAGUGGUAACCAUGCUAACUUGUUGGCAGAGGUCCAGGCUUACAUGACGCAGAAACAAAUUGAUGUAUUCAACCGAAGUGAUUCUUCCAAUGAGUGGUUGGGUUGCCCAGAAGAAACUGCACUUUUCCACGUCUGGCAAAAAAUAAAAAAGGAUCAACGUAGUCCUACCCCAACGGAAAUGCCAGUACGUGUACAAGUGAGGACAUCGCUGGACGCAGAACCAUCAUUCAUUGGCUUCGGGGAAUCUCUAGGUUCACCAAAGCGAAACGCACCAUUAGACAUGUCGUAUCGCCCAUCCGAACGUUCUAGAGAUGCACUGAAGGAAAUUUUUUGCAUCCCUACAAUUGAAAAGAAACAGACGCCAAACACAAAGUCUAAACCAGUACCCCCCUCGGUCGCAACUAGCGAUGCUUAUGAAAUGUAUUUGGAAAAUAUCGAGAACAUCAAGACCACCAAACUACUGCAUAAGGAAACAAAAUGGAACGGCAAGAGAAGAGGAAGCUACUAGC